AUGAAAUUCUACAUGAUUUUAUUUACACUGGUGUGUGUGAGGGCUCAGAUUAAACAUGAACACAUGUUAAUAUCAGCGUGCUCAGACACAGAGAAGGAAUUUAUGUAUGGGAUUGAUGGAGAGGAGAAUUAUUACGCAGACUUUGUAAAGCAGAAGGUGGUGAACAUGCAGCCUCCAUUCGCUGAUCUGGGUGAGUUACAGGAUAUGUACGAGCAAGCCGUUGGAGCAAUGGAGCUCUGCAAACAAAACUUACAAAUGGUGAAAAGCUUGUAUAAGGACCGGCCUGUACCACAGGAUGUGCCGCAAAACUCCAUUUAUUCCAGAGAUGAUGUACAGGUGGGUUCAAAAAGCAUCCUCAUCUGCCACUCAGCUCGUUUCUUUCCUCCAUCCAUUCACAUUUACUGGACCAAGAAUGGUGAGAAUGUGACAGACGGUGCUGAACUCAGCCAGUUUUACCCAAAUGAGGAUGGAACCUAUAACGUGUUUUCCCACCUGAGCUUCACUCCAGAGGAAGGAGACGUUUACACAUGUACAGUACAGCACAAAGCCCUGCAGAUGCCUGACACCAAAACAUGGGAGGUUGAUGUUGAUGUUAAGAUUCCCAGUAUUGGUCCGUCUGUAUUUUGUGGAGUUGGUCUGGCUCUUGGGCUGCUUGGAGUCGCUACAGGAACUUUUUUCCUAGUCAAAGGAAACCAGUGCAACUAA